AUGGAGCAGCUGCUUGUUGUGAAGCUGCGGAAGCUCCUGAUGAUGUCGCUCGACCGCCGGAUCCUCCUGGAGAAGAUCGCCCACCUUCGGCACGAUCUCGGGCUGCCGGCCGAGUUCAGGGACACCAUUUGCCAGAGGUACCCGCAGUACUUCCGGGUCGUGCCCACUGACCGAGGCCCGGCGCUCGAGCUCACGCACUGGGAUCCCGAGCUUGCCGUCUCUGCUGCCGAGAUUGCUGAGGAGGAGAACAGAAUCAGGGAAGCUGACGAGCGCAACCUGAUCAUUGACAGGGCUCCUAGGUUCCGAAGGGUGAACCUGCCCCGAGGUUUGAAUCUCUCGAAGGGAGAGAUGCGGAGGUUGAGCCAGUUCAAGGAAAUGCCCUACAUAUCUCCUUACUCUGAUUUCUCUGGAUUGAGGCCAGGAACAUCUGUGAAGGAGAAGCACGCAUGCGGCGUAGUCCAUGAGAUCUUGAGCUUCACAUUGGAGAAGCGGACUUUGGUCGACCACCUCACCCACUUCAGGGAGGAGUUCAGGUUCUCGCAGCAGCUGAGGGGAAUGCUUAUCAGACACCCUGACAUGUUCUAUGUCUCGCUGAAGGGGGACAGGGACUCCGUGUUCCUUCGCGAGGCUUAUCGUGGUUCGCAGUUAAUUGAGAAGGAUAGGAUGUUGCUUCUCAAGGAGAAGCUGCGGGCGCUUGUCAUGGUUCCACGAUUCCCAGGAGGGGGUGCUCAGAAGUCAGAUGAGACAGAAAAAGCCGGAACAUCAGGAGGCGGAAGCGGCGUCAAAGGUGACGAGGAAUGGUCUGAUGUGGAUGGUCUUUUGUCCGAUGGGUUUGGCAGUGGAUUUGAUGACGAGGAUGACGAAGAUGAUGAUGAUGAUGAAGAGGAUGAUUGGAGCGAAGAAGAGGAUGAAUCUCCUCCUGAUUUUAGUGAUGGUGAAGGUCUGAACUUCAAUGCGAAAAAGCCACAAGCAGUUAAUGGCUCAAUAAAGGUUGAAGAUCAAGUUCUGAUUCCUACACUUCCAGAUGGCCAGCCAAGAGAGAGAUGGUGAACAAUGAAUUUGUUCUUUUUUCUUUGUUUGGGGCUAUUUAUGGGUAAUGACAAUUAUACACACGAUGCCCUUGCCCUUGCUGAUCAUAUACUGUUGCAUCUACUUGCAAACGCAAAUAUUGGUACGCUUAUGAACAAAUCUUCAUGCAUUGUAGUGUCGAGAAUUGAGACAAGAAUUUGAAUGCGUGAUGACAUUUCCUUGUGUCAAAAUAUCUCCGUGCAUUGUUGAAUUUUAUAUCAGUUUUUUAAUGUAAUGACAAUAUACUAGUUUCUACGGA